GGAUGGAGAGGGUACUAGUGUAGUUAUCCCUUUGGACGAAAUGAAUCAGUGACCAGAGGAUUUAUGCAGGUGGAUUCUCUCUCCAUCUUCACAUCCUUUCAUUUGUGAUGGCUUAUGCUGCUCUCGUUUCACUAGCACACACUAUAGACCUAAUCACAAACAAUCGUCAUGACUCCGUUUCCCCUCAAGUAAUCGAUCAACUCAAAUCCAUCCACAAACACACCAUUUUCUUGCAAGAAUUUCUCCAAGAUUUUCCACACAAAUCCAGCAGCAGCAUGGAAGCAAGAAUCAAGGAUGCCACACACCUUGCGGAAGACACGAUCGAGUUCCUCCUGUCCGAUGCAUUGCUCAAGUACUCGACCGCCCGAUCGAAGCUCAAACACCAGCUGCGAGGAAGAUGGGAGCAGAUCCAAUCACGCUACGCAUCGAUCAAGUCCAAAGUUGGAUCAUCUUCGUCGAAAUCGGAACAAGCCAAUGAUUACGACCAAAUCCGCCGUCGUCACGAUCUUGUCGAGCUGAAAAAGGUAGGUAAAGAAAUCGAGUCGGUUUCUGAACAGUUGAUGGUGAUCAAGAACAGCAUCAUCCCAGUCGAGGAUGGACUUCUCGGCGGCGGCUCUAGCUUAGGUAGUUCUUCAUCGACGGUUGCACCGACCCGCCAAGACGCCAUGGUGGGCUUUGGUGGCGAGUUGAUGAAGAUAAAGAGUCGGCUGUAUGGAGAGCCGUCGUCUCCGCUGGAGAUCAUCCCAAUUGUCGGCAUGGGAGGCAUAGGCAAGACUACACUCGCACUAAACGCGUAUGACGAUCCGUUAACAAUGGAGCGUUUCCAAAUUCGUGCUUGGGUCACAGUUUCGCAAGAUUACAGCAUCCAAGAAAUUGCCUCGGGCCUUUUGGCAUCGAUGGAAGCGCCCGAACUUGAGGCGCAGAGAGACUCGAUGAAGCAGCACCACGUGUUUCAGAAGCUCAAGUGCCGGAGAUUCCUUAUCGUGCUGGACGAUGUGUGGAGUAGAGGGGCGUGGGAUGAGUUGAGGUUGAUGUUUCCUGACGACAGAAAUGGAAGUCGGAUCAUACUAACCACGAGGUUACUGGAUGUGGCUACCUAUGUGGAUAAUUGCAGCCACAUCCAUUUUAUGCAUUUGAUGGAUGAAGAUCAGAGUUGGGAUUUGCUGAAGCAUAAAGUGUUCUUCAACCAAGCUUCUUGUCCUGAUAAAUUGGCCUUUGAAGGAAAGAUGAUUGCUAGGAGCUGCAGAGGCCUCCCACUUGCUAUUGUGGUCAUUUCCGGACUUCUUGUUCUCGACCAGACGAAAUCUGGGUGGAAGACGAUCGCUACAAAUGUGAAUUCCGUCAUCUCUGAGAACGAUGAGCAGUUUGAUAAGAUACUAUCUCUGAGCUACGCGCACUUGCCUCAUCACCUGAAGCCGUGUUUCCUGUACAUGGCAUGUUUCCCCGAAUACUAUGAGAUGCGCGCCUCAAAAGUCAUCAAGCUAUGGGUCGCUGAAGGAUUUCUAAAACCAAAGCGCUCCAAGAGCUUGGAACAAACCGCGGAAGAGUAUCUUGAAGAUCUCGUCAACAGAAGUCUAGUUCUUGUCACUGAGAGGAAGUCUAACGGCGGAAUCAAAAGUUUCAGCAUCCAUGAUCUCUUAAGGGAGAUGUGCAUCAGAAAAGCCCGCCAAGAGAAUUUUCUUCUGCAAUUUGGCGGGCUUACACAUGCACAGAAGAAGAUUUCAUUUCCACGCCGCGUGAGUGUCAUCCAUGCCAACCUAGAUUCCCUCCAAGGCUACACCGUCCGUACUAUAAUAUGUUUGGAGAAUAGUCAGAGGGGAAGAAAAUGCUCUGUACGAUGUUUUCGACUGCUGAGGAUUCUUGAUUUGAUCAAUGCUUAUGAGUGCUUCCACAAGAAUGAUAACUCAUAUCUCUAUUCUCUACCGGAGGAGCUAUUUGAGCUGUUCCAUUUGAGAUACCUUGCCUUCGACUACGCCUUCAAGAUUCCGGCAGUCAUAUCUAACCUUCAGAAUCUCCAGACAUUGAUAAUUGGUCCGAGGAAAUACAAGGGAAAUUUUGUGGAGAUAUGGAGGAUGCCGCAGCAGCUGCCUGCUGAGAUUUGGGGCAUGCCGCAGUUAAGGCAUCUUGUGUUCUGUUCCGGUCUUCGGCUGUUUCAAAAGGGAGCGACGUCGGCUUUGCAAAAUCUGCAAACGCUUUCGCUAGCAAUAAAUUUCAGCUGCAGACCGGAGAUUCUGCAGAUGAUUCCGAAUUUGAAGAAAUUAAGCCUUUAUUACACUCGGGGGGAGUAUCUCCACGCAGAGAUUAGAAAUGAGGAGCAGUCUCGUGUUUACAGUGUAACGUUUGUGGAGCAGCUGAAAAACAUUGGUUGCCUGAGAUUGUUGGAGAAUCUGAAGCUGAAGUUGCACCACAGUUUACCUUAUCCUGGAGAGUUGACUCUGCGCGCUCUGCCUCUGACUUUGAAGAAGUUGACUUUGAGCGGUCUGAAGCUUCCUUGGAGACACAUGAAGAUUGUGGAUUCGUUGCCUAAUCUCCAAGUGCUUAAGCUGAGGGAAUUCGCCUGCAAUGGCGCGGAAUGGGAGACGAGUGAAGGUGGAUUCUGUGAGCUGAGGUUUUUGCUGAUUAGCCAAUCCAAUUUGAAGGUUUGGGUGACGGAGAGUAGUCAUUUUCCUAGGCUCAAUUGCUUGGUGCUUCUUCGAUGUCCGAAUCUAAGUGAGAUUCCGCAAGAAAUUGGAGAGAUUGCAACGCUUCAACUGAUUGAGAUGGAUAACUGGAACAAGCAUUUAGUAGAGUCGGCUAAACAGAUACAAGAUGAACAAGAGAGUUGCGGGAACGAUCCCGUUCGCCUUCGUUUCAUUUGAGAUUAGAAUAAUUAAUAUAUACUCAUAGAUGUGUGGUUCAAUCUUAAAAUGAGAACUUAGUUGGAUGCACAGAAUAACUUCUUUCAACUAAUAAGUUCUCAGGUUAUGUUAGUUCUCAAUUGAACCACUCGGGAAUUAAAAAUAUUCAUAAUAUAUA